GUGGACGUCACCACCGGAUGUUAGUUCAACUUGCGUAAGAUGUUUUGUUUCAACACCAAUGAAGAGCUGAGCUGCGCUUGAAGGGGGGAGGGUGCAUUUAUGUAUCGUUCAUACUUUAGGGAAGUACUCAUAGAAGCGGAUGGGCGAAAAGAAAAAGUGAACGGCAAAGUGCCGGGCUCCUGACCUUAGCGACGCAUGCGCCAGAGUUCGGUGGCGUUGUAGCUUGUGGUCGCCGCCUUACAGGUUGGAAGAUCCUUUCUUGUGGAAGAUGGACUCCGCCAGCGACUUCUUGCUGGCGCUGCGGUUGCAGGCGGAGUGGGAGGCAGAGGAUCACAAGCCGGUUCAGGCUGCGGAGCCAGCCCUCGUUAACCCUUCUUCCCAGCGGCCUCUGUCUGUGGUGGACGGAGCCUGGGAGCUGCUGGACCCCAGCCCGGACGUGCGGGGUCUCUUCGUGCAGUUCAACGAGUCCCUUUUCUGGGGCCGCCUGGCCGCCGUGGAAGUGAAGUGGAGCCCGCGCAUGACGCUGUGUGCUGGGGUUUGCUGCUAUGAAGGACGAGGUGGAAUGUGCUCCAUCAGACUCAGUGAGCCACUCUUAAAGUUACGGCCAAGAAAAGAUCUUGUAGAGACUCUCUUGCAUGAAAUGAUCCAUGCCUUGUUGUUUGUCACUCAUAAUAAUAAAGAUCAUGAUUCCCAUGGCCCAGAGUUCUGCAAACAUAUGCAUCGGAUCAAUCGCUUAACCGGUGCCAAUAUUACGAUUUAUCAUGAGUUUCAUGAUGAGGUGGAUUCUUAUCGUCAGCAUUGGUGGAGAUGUAAUGGUCCAUGUCAAAAUAGAAAACCAUAUUUUGGAUAUGUGAAGCGUUCAAUGAAUAGGGCACCAUCAACAAAUGACUUUUGGUGGUCUGAACACCAACAGACUUGUGGGGGAACAUUCAUUAAAAUCAAAGAGCCGGAGAACUACUCCAAGAAAAGCGCAGAAAAAAACCAGGGAAAAAUCCUAGAUUAUAAUAAAGGAGGAGGGUGUGGAAAUAGUAAGCAAAGCGUAAUUCCUUUUAGCGGAAAAGGAUUUGUGCUUGGAGAAAGAAGCGGAGGAUCAUCAUUAGAGAGAACUUCGGGUCCAAACAGGGAGCUGCUCAGUUCACAGCAGGAUUCAUCUCCUGGCUUGAAAGUACCAAAUGUGAAAAAAGAAAUAAAGUUUGAACCGAGUGUUUCCUGUACAGACACUCACCGUACAUUUUCUUGCAGCGGAAAAAAUACCCAUGUUCCCACCAUCACUCUUCCUAAAGUAUCAGUUGCUAAUACAAAAGCAUAUACUAAUGUUAAUGGCUCUCCAAUCAGGAAAACUUCUUUUAAUGUUGUAAAAUCAAAUUUAUUCUCAAUAAAUGCAAAGUACAUUUCUCCACAUGUUAACAAAACACAAAAAAGACCAUUUCCUGAACCCACUGUCUCAACUCUAGGUUGUCAGAUCACAUCUCAAGGAAAUAGUAGUGUGCAUGCUUAUGGAGUGUCACAAAAACAAGCAAAAAUUGAAGACAAAGAUGCCUUUGCAAAUUACUUCACAAAGAAAUCAGUUCCAGGGCAGUCUAGCCCAACUGUGAAAGCUGAAUCUGCAUCCUGUGAUGACUCUGCUACUUCUGCAAGUGAUCAGACAAGAAAAGUUAGUUGCCCUGUCUGCAAUUCUCAGGUUUUGGAAACUAAAAUUAAUGAACACUUAGAUUCUUGUCUCUCUUAAGAGUGCUUUGCCUAGGUUUGUCCAGUCGAGUGUUUCAUGUAUAUUUUACUACCUUUCCUAUUUGUCGUGAGGAAGGGCGUUAACUUACCACUUUGCCAUUUUGCGUGCAGUAAAAUAUAAGCUUUGUUUAGCUUGGAGAAGGAGUUCUUUCCUGAAUUUUUGGGUUAGUUAUGCAAUGGACCCUAAAUGUACCUUACAGCCAUAAGACAAAUAGGUAUCUAUAGAAACAAAUAUACAUGUGUGUAGGCUUUUUGUUGUUGUUGUUUCAGGCCCCUUUUGCUGACCGGUAGUGUUUGAAUUCAGAAAGGCUUAGAAUAAUAGAAUGCAAGUGGAUUUUUGUCCUUUUGCUACUCAGACACUUACCAGUUCACUUGCAUGUGGAUCGGGAUGUUAACCACUCAGAAGCAAUUAUCUUCUGUAAUCAUUAAAAUUAUAGUCAAAAGGAAGAACCAAAGGCAGACAAAAUAGAAUAUCAUCUGAUUAUAUAUGCUCUUGAAAGCCAAUGCUUUGUAUCCUCAGGUUGGCUUUUUGAAAGACUCCUUCAGAUUUCAGGCAAAAAUAUGUGGGUGAAUCUCUCAGCAAAUCCCUCUUAGGGCUUUUGUAAAUAUGUUUGAAAACUAAAAGCUCUGAAAGUUCACGAUCAUUGUGACUGAUACAGUAUUCACUGUAGAUUCCUGUUAUGCACACCUUUUCUUUGCCAGCAUAACAUGUACAGCUUAUUUCCUCUGAGGUGGAAGUAGAUAUUUGAAAAUUGAGCAUUCAAUAAAGGAUGCAUUUAAAAAUGUUUUUUCAGGAACCGUAUUUGAAAUAAUUUGCUUUAUAUUUGCCUGUUCUAAAUAAAGAUAAAGAUAAAUAAAGAUUCUAAAUAAAGUGAAAAUUCAGAA